GUACUGUGGAUACAAUUGUGUUGAACUAUGGUGUCAUCAGGGAGGUGUGUAGUUGUGUUGCUGGCUGUGUGCUACACUAGUGCACAUACUUGGGGAAUGCUACAACAGAAGCCCCAGGCUCAAGUAGUUCAGAAGGUGAGACAGUCGAGGCCAGUAACUUAUGACCAGCAGGCCAAGAAGCUGAAACCGCAGCCCCAGUGGCUGCCUCAGCAGGUUACCCAGGGACCAGUAGCCACAACUCCUAUUGAGAAAUGCCAAGUAAAGGAGGAAGAGCGGAUUACUUGUGGAGCCCCGGAUCUUACUCUUGCUAAAUGUGAGGCGAUCAACUGCUGCUUUGAUGGGCGGCGGUGCUACUAUGGGAAAGCAGUGACUGUGCAGUGUACCAGAGAUGGUCAGUUUGUUGUGGUGGUGGCCAGGGAUGCCACUCUGCCCAACCUGGACCUUGACUCAAUCAGUCUGCUAGGACCACAAGAUGCCCCCUGUAAGCCUGUUGGCACCACGAAAGCCUUUGCCAUAUACCAGUUUCCUGUCACUGCCUGUGGCACCACUCUGAUGGAGGAAAGUGGCUAUGUGGUCUAUGGGAACAGUAUGAUGUCUUCCUAUGAAGUAGGGAUUGGACCUCGAGGCUCAAUCACCAGAGACAGCCAUUUUGAGCUGCAGUUCCAGUGCAAGUACUCUGACACUGCGGUGGAGUUUUUGGUUGUUGAGGUGAACGCUGUUCCUCCACCUGCUCCAGUCGCUGCUCCUGGACCUGUCCGAGUGGAGCUCCAACUGGCCAGCGGACAAUGUUACAAUAAGGGAUGUGUGGAAGAAGUGGAAGCCUACAGGUCAUACUACAGUGAGGCAGACUACCCAGUCGCAAAGCUCCUGAAGGAGCCAGUGUAUGCAGGGGUUCACAUCCUGGGGAGGACCGAUUCUAACCUGGUCCUGAAUCUGGAGUACUGCUGGGCCACCUCCACCCCCAGUCCCCUCAGCUUGCCCAAGUGGGACCUCCUGGUUGAUGGGUGUCCGUACCUGGAUGACCGAUACCUGACCAACGUGAUCCCUGUGGAUGGCUCCUCUGGCCUUGAGUUCCCGACCCACUACAAACGCUUUGUGGUCAAGAUGUUCACAUUUGUGGAUGCCGACACUCUGGCCCCUCUGAAGGACAGGGUGUACAUCCACUGUAGUACAGAGGUGUGCCACCCUACUAGGACCCACUCUUGUCAACAGAGCUGCAACCGUCAAAGGAGAGAUGUGGCUACAGUUACUUCUGUGGAUGGAGAGACUACAGUGGUGUCCAGUGGGGAGCUCAUUCUGAGCCGACCAUAACUCCUUCCGCCUGUCCAGGCCUGAGAAGUACUUCAGCUUGGGAUGAAUGCAUCACUUGUUGACCUUGUCGCAUAUUGUGAUUUGUAAUCCAUUGGCUUGUUUAAUAAAAUUCUUAAAUGUA